ACUCCACGCACGUAACGAUGGCAUCCCAUGUCGUCCGGGCCUCAGUGGUAAAGCGUCUGUACAAGGACAUUCUUCGUCAGCAUCGUUUUGCGCUGCCGCCGAAGCACCGUGAGCUUGGCGAUCGAUAUGUCAGAUCGGAGUUCAAAGCCCACAAAGAAGCCACAGGGGACCAGGUUGCCCAGUUCAUGCACGCGUGGCGGAGCUACCUCGAGCAACUUCGAAACCAGGGCGGGCAGGUGGGUCGGUCCUUGAGCGCAGCCGAUGUGUCCCACCUUAACGACGAGCAACGGAAGCAGCUAGUCCGAUUGAAGCAGCAGGCGUCGUCGUCGCCGCCAUCUUCCGCGUCGGGGGGGGCGCAGGGGCGAUGAUACUUGGCGAUAGUGCAUCUGUCGACGCUCAAUAGUUUGUAUUUUCGUGUGGGCGGGUUACUGUUUCUGUCUUGCCAAGUGUUAUGCCCACUUGAGCGUCCUCGAAGGCCGUUUUUUUUUGCUGUCCUUCGGAGUGGAUUAUUUCCUCGGCCGUCUGCGUUUUUGUGGGAGUUUCGUAGGGGUCGCCGCCUUGUUAACGAUAAGCCUCUUUCUCGUUCUUUUGCCCUGCCCGAUUUAGAUAGCCCUGCUGUGGCUCUUCUUGUAAAUCCCCGCGCGACCGUGUUAUCACGCGACGCGCGUUUCGAGAGACUCGGCAUUGCAUGUUCUGCAGUCUACUUUGUUAGUUGUGUAGGCCUUGUCGGCAUUGGUGUUCCUGUUGCGCAGCGGCGCCGGCGUUUUGAUUGAAAAACACACAUCCACGUCAGCUUUCCUAUU